UCUUCAGCCAAUCACAGCUCUUUGCUGUGCGUGUUGUUUUGAAGGAAGGCCCAGGGUUGUUUUGGAUGUGAUCAGACCACGUGGAGAGGAGAGGUAACUUUUCCGCGGUCUGACAGUUGCUUUGCGGCUUUAUAACGUCCUGCACACUGUCCGCCACACUCGAAGCCACUUUCCCCACCUGUGUCCACCCAGUUUUGUGAGACAUGUCAGGUCAGACUACCAAGAGCCGGGACAUCCCGGCCAUAAGGCGGGUCACCGUCCACGAUUCCGCUCACAUGCCCCAGGAUUACUCCACGACUCCAGGAGGGACUAUGUUCAGCACUACGCCAGGAGGUACCAGAAUUAUCUAUGACAGGAAGUUCCUUCUGCAGUGUCGCACGUCCCCUCUGACUCGUACGCCUCCCAACCUGCCCGACAUCCCGGGAGUCACCAGCCCGCUCAAACCGGAUUCCUCUAGCAACACGAAAAAGCCGGAACAGACACCCAGUAAUAACGCCGACCACAACCUCCACACAGAGGAGAAUGCAGAAGAUGCCCAGUUUGAAAUGGACAUCUGAAGAGAGGACAACAAUGAUAAAAGUGAAUUCCAGCAUUGUUAUUGUUUUUUUUUUUGUUACUGUGAUUAACAAAAUGAUCAGCUGAAAUACGCUUUCAGAUUUGUUUUGAAAGCAAGAUGGCAUUUUUUUUAUAAUGCUCAAUAUGUGUUAAAAUGUUGUACUCUUAUGAAAAAAAACACUAACAAAUGCAUAAAAUUGUUUUUUACUUGACUUUGUAUGACGUGUGACAUAUUUGGCAUGUGCAUCAAAGCCUUGGUAAAAUUAAACCUUUAAUAUGGUGU